GACCCAGCACAUCCUUCAACAGUUCAAGGUCGAGAGCCUGGUGUGUUCUAAGAGGUUAUUUAUUUUAUCUUUCGGCAAACUGGUUGGCACCUGAAUUUACAGUCACUCAUCACACACUGCACAAUGGACGAAGAAGAACUUUCUUUUAUACCCUACAGCACAUCUUACGUGUGGAAGCCCCCAAUAAAACUAUCUGAUUGCUCGUCUGAAUAUCUCCAAAAUUGUCCUGUUGACUACAGUCUUUUGGAAAACCCCUUUACUUCCAAACCAGACGUGUAUGAUGCCGAACAGGAAGCAAAAUUAUGGCAAGGAUUGGGUAUAUUAACAACUAGUACUAGUGUGGUCGAUAGUGAGAAGCCGCCGAGUGAGAAUCCUUAUUACCUUACAGCAGUACCUGGUCUCCACAGCAAGCGGGAAUUGAAACGAAUUCGUCGAGCUGAACGCAAAAGCAAACUGUCAAACUGGUUUGAUCUUCCGAGACCUGAUGUCACUGAAGAAGAUCGUGAUGAUUUAGAAUUAAUUAGAUUACGUCGCGCUAUUUCAUCAGAUACACACGUGAGAAAAUCGGAUGGGAAGUCUGCUUACUUCCAGAGAGGUGUAGUUGUAGAUGAUCCUGGGAGCUUCUACGAUAGACUGCCGCGAAAACAAAGAGGGAAAACACUUGUAGAUGAGCUUCUAGCUAAUGCUGAAAUUAUGAAGGCUCAACGGAAACGAUAUGCCAAGAUUGCACGUGCUAUGGCUGAAAAACGGGCUGCUAUCAAAAGAAAAGAGCAACAACAAAUGAAGCGCUUAAAAACUGGUCGUAAAAAACAACAAGCAACAGUUGUUGUUCGUGAAUGAUUCAUUUGUGAUUAAGCCUACAGUUUGUACAUAUAUUUGUGGAUUAAAUCGUGUUCAAUUGUAUCUUUCCGUGUUUUUAGAAUCAGGGUAUUCCAGAACAUCUUCAGUCAUAAUUAUUCUCGUACAUAAGAGUACUGAAAGUACUGAUUAUAUCUGUCGUGAGUCUAAUUUGACUUCAAAUUUUACAAUAUGCUGAAGAAUAAUGUGUAGACUCACGUACAUCAAAAUAAGACUCACAUUUAUUGUACAAGGGUGAUGAAAUUGUUUUUGAUAAUUUGCUAAUAAUGUCUACUGCUUCCUUGCGUAAUCUUCUAAAGUUUGGUUUAACCACUGCUACUGCAUAAGGUUUCAGUGAAUGACCUUCAACGUACACAUGUUGUAUUAGAUUACAGAAUAAGUUACACAAAGCUAUUUUUAAGUAAUCUUCAAAACUGAAUGAAUAUUUUGCUUCUUCAUGGUAUGUGAGGUGUCACUGGAAAAGUAUUAAAAUUCGCCACUUAAAUGUUUCACUUUUGAUAGGCAGUAAACAUUAAUGUUAAACAGAAUUUAGCAAACCAGACACCUUGAGUACUUUACCAUAACUUCAACACAAACAAUGAUGUAAUUAUUCAUAACAUAAUUACUUUUCCAGAAAUAAUUUGUCUCACUUAGAUUAAACUUUCAUUGAUUGUGGAUAACUUAAGUGACGUGACUGUUUUACAUACACCAAAAUAUUUAGCCCGUGUCUCCAUGAAUUAUCCUAUAAUGCGGAUCAUUAGUUAAGUUGGAAAAUAAAUUUGUUAUGGUAAACAACACAUCAUCUAUCUGAGUUGAAAACUACACUUUGUUUCUACUCACAACAUAUUUCACUACUCGUAACUACUACUUUGCUGUUGUUUAUUAUAAGAGUAUACGAUAUUAAGAUCCUAUUGCAACCUAGGAUGCAUUUGACAGAAAUACUCAGACUUUUUGCUAAACGAUCUCUAUCAUCUCGAAUUAUUUGACAUCUCUCUAGAUGAACGAGCUAUGUGCAGACCUUCUUAUCAAAAUAAAUGACUACUUUCGGCAGAGAGAAUAUUAAUGAUGACACCAUAAACUGAGGUCUCUUAGGACAUUAUUUUAUUGCUUACCUCUUAAUUGUCAAGCAGCUAUCACCUUGCUCAUUCAGAAUACCUUAAAAGCCAAGAUCUGUUGUAUGUAUAUUCUGUAAGUGUUAUUUAAAAACCUAUCGGUUUCUCUCAUGAACUUUUAAAAUUUUACGAAUGCUUAGUGAAUGUAUGAUUUGAUAGCUUCCUGUACAUAUGAGCAUCUGUUUCACCGGUUAUUAAUUUGAGUUCGUAGUCAUUCACCUCAACCACUUACGGAUAGAUAUAUCAUGAUGAGAAAUAUCCUGUGAUUAGAACAUACUUAGCAUAAUGUAUAAAUGUUUCCACGGGUUACUAAGACUCAGGUGACAAAGUUAACUCAGAUCUCGUCAAAUUGAUAUUUAAUUAUUAGAAUGUUUUAUUAUUUAUUAAGAUGCAUAUUUACUAGAUUACAGUUAAACUUGAAAACUUUUGUUUUCUUUGUGUACAUAAACAUAUUUGAAUUGACAAGAGCAUGACGUAUAAAGCGAUUCUCAAAAAUGCACGGUUUUUUAGUAAUGAAAAUUCGUUUUUACAGUUACUUAUACUUUAUCUAUUUAUAAAAAAUCAGAGGAAAACGACUUGUUUUUACUUUUUCUAAUAUAUGAAUAAUUAAACUUGACUUCCUUCUUUCUCUAAACUUAUAAAUGUUUUAAUUAUUUCGAAUAAAAUAAACUUAUGUCAUGUUUUUACUUCCCGUAUUUUAUGUAUUUUGACCUAGUAGUGAGUAGCCAGUGUCAAUGACUAAUUUUCAACUUUACAAUAUUCUUUAUUUAAUCCUUAUAAUCGGUCUGUUAUUCUCAUAUCUGUGAGAAACAAAACUCAACAACUUGAUGGUUACUUGGUUUCCUAUAUAACCGUUUGGAUCAUCUCAUCGUCACUAAGACUUUAAUCACUAUUUGUUAUUAUGUGCUUUCCGAGGGGAUUGCCUCGACGUAUCUUAUAUCUUUGAUUCCAUUGCUGGUAAAAAUUUAAAUUUACUUAUUUUUGCUUAGAUUUUAAGGUGAAAAUUUAAUUUCAAAUCAUAAAGUACCUGAAAGAUUCUUGUACAUUAUGAUGCUUUCAAUAACAAAUUUUUUUAUUCGAGUGAGAUAAAAUAGGUGAAAUCAAAACAUUUCGUUUUAAUUAUACUCAGUUAUCAUGUAAUUUUACUUGUGUAAGUUUUAUCAGUUUGAAAGUAGUGACUAAAACUAUCAAAUUAAUUAAUUAUGAAGUUGAUGAUGAU